GAAAUUUGAUAGUUUAAGAGUUCCAUGGAAGCUAGUGGUGGUGGUGGUGGUGGUGGACGAAGAAGAUUGACACAUCAGGUCUCAGUCGUCGACACAUCGAAUCUUAGAGAUCUUCUUAGAAUCAAAGACGACGACGAGAGCUACAGAGAAUCCUUGGCUGGACUAACUCUCGGUGCAAUCCUCGGUUGCGAUGCGACGAGACCGGUGAGAGUUCCACCGGUCAGCCGUACACUCCUGGACAUCAUCAGAGACGAAGAAUCCGCGACCAAAAGCCUCUCCGGUCCCAACCGCAGGAACUGGAAAUCGUUCCGAGACCGCCUACGGAUCCGCCGCGCCAGUGCCGCGUGGACCAACUCCUCUGCCGACGAGGACAACGGUGACGGCAUCCUCCAGAUUUCAGAUCCAAUUCCAGCCCCGCCGCUAUCCGGCUCGACCGUAUCGGCUCAACCAGGGAACGGACCGGACAGUAGAGGAGAUAUCGUUACGGAGUACGAAGCCGUCGCCGCUGCUAACAGACCUGUAAUGAUGCGGCUCGCGGCAGCAUUAGCGACGGAGCGAGAGUUGCAGAGGCAACGGGAGAUGGAACGGGAGAGAUUGAACCCGACUCCUGUGGUAGAGGAAGUGAGAGAAGAGCAACUGGUGGUUGAACAAGCGGCGGCGGUGGUGGAGACGGAGGAGGCGGCGCCGGUGAGGAUGUCGUUGAUGGCUCUGUUGGAAGAAACGGAUAGGCAAUCGGGGAUGAUGGGGUCCACAUUGAUUGGUGAGGUGGGCGCAGGGGAUGAAGAAGAGGAAGAAGAAGUGUAUGUGGAUGCAGAAGAGGACGUUGAUGGGAGAGGAUUGUACGUGUGCUGCGUGUGUAUGGUGAGGCAUAAAGGUUCGGCGUUUAUACCUUGUGGUCAUACGUUCUGCAGACUUUGUUCUAGAGAGCUUUGGGUAUCAAGGGGGAAUUGCCCACUCUGCAAUGGUUUCAUCUUGGAGAUUCUCGAUAUCUUCUGAUCAUGAUC